AUGCAGCUCCAACUCUCUCGCUACCUCACGUUUGCUUGGGCCAUUGUCAACUGUCUAGUCGCCGGAUCAAUCACCUGCUUCUCCGUAUACGCUCCCUUGUUCCAAAAACGUCUGCACUACACACAAUUGCGGGUCAACACCAUCUCCAUCACCGCCGAACUAGGCAUGUACCUGCCUGUACCCAUCUUCGGCUUCCUCUGCGAUCGCUACGGCCCCGGCAUUCCCUCGGUUCUGUCGGGCUGCUUCGCUGGCUUCGGUUACAUAUUGGCAGCGUUCACCUACCGCAAUCCCGACUGGCCUUUUGGCGUCAUGGUCUUCGCUUUUGUCUGGGUCGGUAUGGCUACUAGCUGCAUGUACCUCAGUGCUGUCACCACCUGCGCGAAGAACUUUGGGAGAGGUAAACACAAGGGGCUUGCACUGGCUUUGCCUAUUGCUGCCUUUGGUCUGAGCGGCAUGUGGGAGAGUCAAGUCGGAAGCCGCUUGCUGUACGAGAAGAAGCCCGACGGCACCCCUGGAGACAUUGAUGUCUUUCGCUUCUUCAUCUUCCUCGGCUGUACACUGUUCACAGCUGGUGCUCUCGGUUUCUUCCUCCUGAGAAUCAUCGACGAGGACGAAAUGAUUGAUGAGGCAAUUGAAGAGCUGGAACAGAGUGGCUUGCUGGAGGAUAGUGCAUUCUUCAGAAGGGGCUCACAUAGUUCCCACCACGAAACUUAUGGCGCUGUGGAGGAUGAAGACGAUGAGGAAGAGCGUCUACGCAAAGAAGAGGAGGCUCGCAAGAAGACAUGGCUGCUCAAUGAAGAGACAAGUCGAUUUCUAUCUGACAGGAGCAUGUGGCUACUUGCUGGCGGCUUCUUCCUCGUCACUGGUCCUGGUGAAGCCUUUAUCAACAACCUCGGAACCGUCAUUGGCACUUUGUACCCACCAACAAUGCCUGACGAAGAGAUUCCCACAAGCGCCGCGACUCACGUCUCUAUCGUUGCCAUCACCUCUACUAUCGCGCGUAUCUUGACAGGUACUCUAUCCGACUUGUUUGCCCCUACGUCUGUACCGCACCAGCACCGCAGAGGUCCCAACUCACUCAUGUCAUCCAUGGCCACUUUACCUGGUGUAGAUGCUGCGGAAACCCCAAAACGCCUGGAGAUCUCACGUAUAACAUUCCUGCUCGUGUUCUCACUCAUCAUGUCUGUCGGUCAGGCUAUACUUGCUUCAGGUCUUGUUCAAGAUCAUGGCGAACGCUUCUGGUGGGUCAGCGCUGCGGUUGGUGCUGGAUACGGUGCUGUAUUCAGUCUGACUCCUAUCAUUACUUCGGUUGUAUGGGGUGUCGAGAACUUUGGAACGAAUUGGGCUUGUGUUGCUACUGUGCCUGCCUUGGGCGCGACGUUAUGGGGCUUGUUGUACAGUGCUGUGUAUCAGUAUGCAGCCAACGACAACGUAGAGGCAAGUAGUGAACUUUGUUUUGGACGGGCGUGUUAUGCGCCGACGUUCUGGGCUAUGGCAGUGAGCGUUUGGGUAGCAUGCUUGUUAUGGCUUUAUGCAUGGCGGGGUCCUGGCGGUUGGUAUAGGCGAGACAUUGUGGUUUAG